UUAACGUAUGGCCCCUUCUGCUUCGUGAGGAUCAUGUCGCGAUUGUCGACAGAAUUCAAUGGAAUCGGUCGACGGUGACGAAGUGCUACCGACCAGAGGAGAGCAAAUGAAACUGGGAUCGUUUAUGUGCAAGACGCUAAGGACAUUAGGGACAGAGACUCCCGUUUGAAAUGUUGAAUGGACAAGACGAAAGCAAAAUGAUCGAGUUCCAAGUUCGUGACCACCGAUGUCAGACAGCAGACAUGUUGCUUGCGCUUGCUCCGAACUAGUUCAGAGUAAAGGGAAGAGAGUUAAGAAAGUGUGUUUGCGUGGUGCACCUCUGUAUUUGCUCUGUGGAGUUGAGAUAACGAGUGCGUAUGGUUCAUGGCCAACCCCGUCCUCAACAAUCAUCACAGCACGGGACGGCAUGAAGCUAAAGCGCGUCAGAGAACGAAGCGAGCUGCACGAGCAGGUUGCAUUCAGGUCCCUAGCUCCUGUAUAUGAGCCACGUUCGGGAGGCCGAGCAGGACAGCAGUAGUGUAAAACUGGUUUCAGUCGGCUCGGGUGCGAAGUUAUGAAGUGGCAGAUACAUCAGCAGUUACCUCGUUCGAGCAUUGUGGCAGACAGCUGUUGCUGGAAGCAGGGCCUGAAUUGGAAUUUGGUUGACUGAGCUUAGAUUUUCGAACAGAGCAGCGGGAGCGAGCUGAGGGAAUCAGUGCAGCGUAUGCUCGAUCACUCGUGAACGUGAUGCUUGACUCGCCGAUCACGCCGAGAUGAAGAUGAAGUAGAAUUCUGUUCAAUACUGCCUACUCUUCAGCUUCGGCAUUCACUGGACCUGCGGUGGCAAGGGCACGGCAGAGCAGGGCUGAAGAGGUGAACAGAACUGGCCGACGAUUAAUUGAGUUCACGCCCAGGAGCUGAUCAUCUCGCAGGCUGAAGCCCAGAACUUCGAGUAUGGAGUUCGGAAGAGCAGACUGCAUGGCCUCCUCAAGCGCCUCAUCGUCCAAUUCUGCCCAAUUGCAUACUUUCAAGUCGAAGGCUCUGCCUCGUAUCAGAGUGGCAAGCUUUUAUCGUCGGACAGACGGACUUUUAGAAAAGAAUGUCGAGCAUUUGUCGAGCAAUUCCCUUAAAGGCGGAAUACCAACAAGGAGAGGAAUUCUGGGAACGUCUUUCCUACGUCCGAAUCACGUCAGAGAGGUGAGCGGUCUAGGGUUGAAGGUGUUGGGGUGUCCCGAAGGGACUCUCUGUACGAGAAGAUCAUUGUCGGCCGUGUGUAAGGCGAAAAAUGAGUUUGACAAAGGAAGUCCUCUGGAUACGGAUUCCGCACUGAGAGCAGAAGAUCAUGAAGGAACUUGGACGCUGGCAGCUCAAGCAGCACUAUGGGCGGUGGCAGGAAUUUACGUUCUCUGGCUCUUCAUUCUUCCCUAUGCUCCCGGUGAUCCAGCUUGGGCUAUCUCUCCCUCCACUUUACAAAUGCUCAUCGAUCUCUCGUUGAAUUUCUUCUUUGUGCUGCCCUUAACGAGUUUGCUGGCGGAUACCGUCGGAAUCCACGGCCUGGCUCCUGUCUUGCAUCCGAUGGAUGAGGGCCUCUUCAAUCUCGUCAUAGGCUGGACGCUGGUGUUUGCGCCGUUGCUUUUCACGGACAGAAGACGUGACAGAUUGGGAGGAUCUUUGGAGGGCCUGUGGUUAGUUCAAAUGUUUUUGACAAAUACUGUCCUUGCCCCGUACAUGGCGAUCAGAUUGAACCGAAUGAAGACGACUUCAACUCCUGUGCAAUCGGAAAGCCCUCGGGAACGCCGUCUUCUGAUCAUCAACCGAGUUCUCACUCGAGGAGCCAAGUAUGUCGGGUUUGUAGGAGCUGCGGUGGGCAUCCUCUCCUUAGUGUGGGCUCUGUAUGGUAGGCCUGAAGGAGGUUUCGGCGGUAUUGACGAACGCUGGACGUACCUCGUGCAGUAUGUAGGCAGAGAACGUCUUGCGUAUGCCUUUGUGUGGGACAUAUGUCUGUACUGUGUCUUCCAGCCUUGGCUCAUCGGGGACAAUCUGAGCAACGUGAGGGCAGAUCAGAGGGACACGGUACGAGUGCUUAGAUUUGUCCCCUAUGUGGGCCUCGUCGCGUACGCUCUCGCUCUGAGGGACGAGGUUAAGGACGUUUAGCGAACCAAAAGCUCCAACCGAAAGGGCCGGAGCCGAUCGAAGAUAUUAGCCGAGAUUCAGGACAUGGAGCGAGCUUUCAGAAGGCUUGCAGUGUAGAAUUAGAGCCCGUUCUUGAGGCUGUCUGUCUCGGGACAUCAUUGCCUCUUCACCAUACAAACAAAUCUGGCUGCAAGAGCAGUUGUUCAUUAUUGAGAGGGGAUAAAGCACAUCUGAAAGAUGCAGACGAACCUCUACCAGACGAAUGCGACUUGCUCUUCUUUCAGGGAACACAAAUCUCAACAGAUCUGCUGGGUGCGGACGUCUUUUUGAAUAAGUGCACACUUAAGUGAAAGGAAGAUGCGCUCGUCUGUAGUCCAAGAUUGGCUAUGUUGGAGAGAUCUGAUCUGGUCUUGGAUUUGCCCCGGAACACCGUCGUGUCUACGUUCGAUUAGACUGGCUCGCUUGCUACCGUUAACCUGAAAUUCUUCUCUGGACCUCCAGAGGCAGGGAGAGAAAACGAGGUGGCCAUGUGGCCAGAUCGUAUUGGGAGGGCGAUGCGAAGCCGUUAUGAUUUCUGCAUGACUCCUCGGUGCAUCGUUCCUGUUAUCUCCAGGUGUUGCGUUUGCUGGACGUGAAUGCGUAGAUUGCUUGUAACACAGCGGUGCAGGCCGCGAGGUCAGAAGGACUGCCCGUCAGGCAUGGGCCAGUAGAAAGGAGGAUUCGACGAAGUCGUUGAGUCUUCGGCAUGAUUAAUCGUUCACAUUGCCCCAGGUGGAGCAGAGGGACGGUGUUAGUGCCCAUGUUCUGGAAUAAAAGUGUCUGUCUGACAUGAAUGUCGGGCUCCUCCAUAAUUCCAGAAAUAAAAAUAAAAUCUUAUGUUUUUU